AUACUAAACCUCACUCUGGAGAUUAUCUACUUGCUGAUUGGAGAGAGAUUUCCUCUUCUGAAGUCAGGUGAUCAUAUGACCAUCACAGUGCCUCCAUGUGACUCCCUAAAACCUGAGAGACACAACAUGCAGAAGAUUCUAGAAGUCACCAAGAAGAUGAUGGAGCUGCUGACAGGAGAGGAGUGGGAGUAUUUAGAAGGACACAAGGAUCUCUACAAGGACGUCAUGAUGGACAAUCAGCCGCCCCUCACAUCACCGGAUGGAUCCAGUCAUGGGAACCCACCAGAGAGAUGUCCCCGUCCUCUGUAUUCCCGGGAUUCCACACAGGAAGGUCACACCAUCCCUCAUCAUCAUCAGAGUGGAAACCUGAGAGAUCCUAAAGUUGAUGUUGAAGAAGAGAUAAAAGAGGAGGAUGAUGAGGAUGAUGGGGUGAUAGAGGUGUCAAAAUUUCCAAAAGAACACAAAGAUCUGUACCCAAACAACAACAUGGUGGAGUCAUCCAGCUACAGGAACCCACCAGAGAGCUGUCCUCGUCCUCUGUAUUCCCGGGAUUCCAAACAGGAAGAACACACCAUCCCUCACCAUCAUCAGAAUGUAAACAGUGGAGAUAAUCAUAUUGGUAUUAAAGAGGAGUAUAAAGAGGAGGAUGAGGAGUAUGGUGUGUUGGAGGAGUGUUCAGAAAGACACAAGGAUAUGAUGGAGCCACCCAAUGCCAGGAACCCACCAGAAAGAUGUCCCCGUCCUCUGUGUUCCAGGGAUUCCACACAAGAAGAUCACACUAUCCCUCCUAAUGAUCAGGGUGAAGAUCUGAUAAAGAUGAAAGUUGAGGGUGAAGUUCAAGAGAUGUAUGUGAGGGAUGAUCAGCAAUAUACCGGAGGAGGCUUGGAUGACCAGGAUAUUUAAAGAGGAGGACACUCCUACAGAGAUCAGCACAGGAUCUGCCAUCGAGAUACUCUCCAAGGAUCAUCUCCCUUUAUCUCCAGGGUGUAAAAUGGAAGAGGAGGACAUCACCCCAGAUUGUCUUUUCUCCUACCCAAUGACUUCAAAGAUCAAUGAUGGCUUUCACAGUGCGGAUAGACCAUUGAACCCCUCUGACUCCGAGCAGCUUAAUCUCAUGAGGGAUGGUGCCAGAAUCAAGAGCGAAAAUAAUUUUUUUAUCCUGAAUAUGAGGAAAGUGUUAGUUCUGAAUUAAGUCGCCAGCAAAGCUCAGACGAGCUCUAUACCUGUUCUGAGUGUGGGCAUUGUUCACAGAAAUCAGGACUCGCUCUUCAUUACAAUUCUCUUACAAAGGAGAGGUCCUAUUCCUGCCCCUGCCCCGAGUGUGGGAAAGAUUUUUCAGAGACCUCCCAUUUUCACACAGAGAGGUUUCAAAUAGGUGACAAGCCGUUUUCCUGCCCUGAGUGUGGGAAAUGUUUUUCAGGGAAGGCCUACCUUAUGGUACAUCUGAGGUCUCACACAGGGGAGAGGCCUUUUUCCUGCCCUGAGUGUGGGAAAGGGUUUUCACGGAAGUCCAUUCUCAACAUGCAUCGCAGGUCUCACACGGGGGACAGGCCUUACGCCUGCCCUGAGUGCGGGAAAUGUUUUUUACAGAAAAAACAUCUUAACACACAUCAGAAGUCUCACACGGGUGAAAAGCCACAUUCCUGCCUUGAGUGCGGGAAAUGUUUUUCAGAGAAGUCACCUCUCCGUAGACAUCAGAGGAUUCACACAGGGGAGAGGCCAUAUUCCUGCCCUGAGUGCUGGAAAUGUUUUGCACAGAAAUCAGACCUUGAUAGACAUCAAAGAUCUCACCGAGGGGAGAAGCCGUAUUCCUGCUCUGAGUGCGGGAAAUGUUUUUCAGAGAAGUCCAGCCUUAACAAACAUCAGAGAACACACUUGGGUGAGAAGCCCUAUUCCUGCCCCGAGUGCGGGAAAUGUUUUGCACAGAAAUCAGAUGUGGGUAGACAUCAAAGGUCUCACAGAGGGGAGAAGCCGUUUUCCUGCCCUGUGUGCUGGAAAUGUUUUUCACAGAAGGCCAAUCUUUACAAACAUCAGCGAUCUCACAUAGCGGCGAAGUUGUAG